AUGAGGUUUGCGGAUUUGGUCAUCGACCUUGCGGCCGUGCUCAAUGCCUCCCGCUCCGUCGCAACCAAGCAUGUCGCUCUUCGCAGUCGCCAGAUCGAUGCCUACAGCAGAACCUCGAGCGUCGCCGCGGCCUUUAGGCAAAGGGGUGCUCCCAACAACCCUCAGCACGAGAAACAGGAGCCUCCUCGCGCCGAUGAUGUUGCUGCUAAGGCAGAGGAGAACGUAGACCGAAGCGACACCCAGCCCACGCCGCCGCAACCGCCACCUCCUCCUCCACCCAAGCCGGUGCGCCCUACGAUAUUCGAGACUCAGAGAAAUGAUGCCAAGGUUGAGCCGAAGACGUCUGGCAAUGGAGAUACCGAUCUUCCACCGGCCGUCGACAUGAAUGUGUUGUUCAGGACUUCCCGAGGCUCUCAGAUCUUGGAUUCUGUACGAAAGCAGCGGGCGGCGGAUGUGCAGAAGCUUGAGGAGACAAAACCUAGUGCACCUAAGGAACAUCCAAUGCGCAAUUGGCCGAUGACUCCACCACCGCCGCCACCACCGCCGCCUGUCCCAGAGGUAUCCCAACAGAAGGACGAAGCAGUCGAGCCACAACCUCGAUCCGAAACUAUCUCUCCAGUAACGGAACCAGUACCCCAGAAGACACAGGUCGAAAGCCAGCAGCCCGUCACUCCUGCAGUAACAACCAUUUCACACCCCUCCGCUCAGGAGAUCUCUGAGUUGGCAGAGGAUUUGAAAGCUGCCCCUCAGCCCAAGAGCACCUACAAGCUUCGCGAGUCCAAGGUACCGUCAAGCAGGCUUGGUCGCAUAUGGAACUAUGGAGGUCUGGCUGCAGGCAUGCUGGGCGGAGCGAUGACGGAGAGUGUGAGCCGAGCCUUUGGUGGAGGCGGAGAGGGUUCUGUCCUACUCAGCGGAAAGAACAUGGAGCGUCUAGUUGCCAAGUUAUCACGAAUGAGAGGUGCUGCCCUGAAGCUCGGGCAGAUCAUGAGCUUCCAAGACUCAAAGAUGCUUCCCAAGCCGCUCCAGGAGGUCCUCCAGCGAGUGCAAGAUAGGGCUGAUUACAUGCCCGCCUGGCAGCGGGACCAAGUGUUGGCAGCCAACUUGGGUGCUGAAUGGAGAGAACUCUUCAGUGAGUUUGAGGAAAAGCCGAUUGCCGCAGCGUCCAUUGGGCAAGUGCACAAAGCCACACUAAAGUCCAAUGGUAAGAAGGUGGCGGUCAAGAUCCAAUUCCCAGGAGUGGCAGAGUCCAUCAACUCAGAUCUGGACAACAUUGCUAUUCUUCUCAACGCAACAAGCCUACUGCCGAAAGGGUUAUAUUUAAACAAGACAAUUGACAACGCUAGAGUAGAGCUAGGCUGGGAGUGCGACUACGAGCGUGAAGCCAGCUGCCUUGCGCGGUACAAGGAGUUCCUCCAGAGCGAAGAGGAUAUUUUCCUCGUCCCAAAUGUCUACCCCGAAGCAUCUGGAAAGCAGGUUCUGACUAUGGACUUUAUGGACGGGCUCGCUGUGACGCGGAUUGACUCCUUUUCCCAGGAACAGCGUGACUGGAUUGGAACGCAAAUCAUGCGCCUCUGCCUCAGGGAAAUUACCGAGUUCAAGUUCAUGCAGACAGAUCCUAACUGGACCAACUUCCUCUACAAUGCUGAGGCAGACAGGCUCGUUCUCCUCGACUUCGGUGCGUCUCGCGAGUAUCCCGAAGAGUUUAUCCGCCAGUAUGUCCAGCUUCUAGAUGCUGCUUCUCGCUUGGAUAAGGCCACUGUCAAGGAACUAUCCGAGAGUCUCGGGUAUUUGACCGGCCACGAGAGCAAGACCAUGUUAGACGCUCAUAUGGGGUCCAUCCUGACCCUCGCAGAACCCUUCCUAGGCACUGCGCCCGAUUUAUAUGACUUCAAAGACCAGACCAUCACGGAACGUGUCAAGUCCUUCAUCCCUGUGAUGCUUCAGGAGCGACUAUCGCCACCGCCCGAAGAAACAUACAGCCUCCACCGAAAGCUUAGCGGUGCUUUCCUUCUCUGUGCAAGACUGGGAAGUAAAGUACCUUGCCGCGAACUAUUCGUGCAAAGUGUUGCGAGGUCUGGCUACGGCCAGGCCUCCUAG